AUGGCAUUAUACGAUACUAAUUCCAAUCCUCUACAUGAGAUAGUAUUAACAUCUUUGGCAUUGGGUGCUAUUAUAGGAACGUCGUUAACACUAUGCUUAGUUCAAAAGACGAAGAAUACACCACUAUUUGCAUACCUGAUAAUACUAUGUAUAUACUACUUGAAUGAGUUCUGUUCGACCGCAAAAUAUCAGACAAAAAUAGUCAAAGCUAAACUGUUUCUAAUAUGGGGCAAUAAUGGGAAUAGAGAGUUUCUUUUAAUGCAAACGGCAACAAUUUGGGAGUUUCUAUUCACACGUAGUUUGGUCUGCGUUAAGCUAUUACAUGCAUUUUUUGGAAUUACAUACAAAAAGCAAACGAAUACAUUUUCAAUAGUACUUGGGCUAGCGAUGAUCGCCGUUGGACUAUUUAUCAGAACUCUAGCUAUGAAAACAUGCGGUUCUUCGUUUUCCCACUAUAUUGAGACCACCAACAGAAAGCAGAAACUCAUCACCACCGGCAUUUAUGGAUGGUUUAGACACCCGAGUUAUCUCGGAUUUUGGCUCUUUGCCGUCGGGUGCCAGGUCUUGCUAGGCAACUCGGUAGGCCUAGUAAUCAACCUUGGUGUCCUCAGCUGGUUUUUUAAACGAAGGAUUGAAUUCGAAGAGUGGUUCCUAGUCCACCGAAUUUUCGGGGAUCAAUACCUACAAUACCGCAUGAACGUCGGAAAUUGGAUACCAUUUGUUAUAUUGAAAAAAGAUUUAUAG